UUAUGCUGCUGUAAUGUUGCUGUAAUGUUGCUGUGAUGUUGGUGUUUGUCCCGCAGGGGGUGUCAUCAGACAAACGGUACAUUGCCUCUCAGGGUCCCCUCAGUUCCACCCUGAAUGACUUCUGGAGGAUGAUCUGGCAGUAUGAUGUCAAGGUGAUAGUCAUGGCCUGCAGGGAAGUAGAGAUGGGAAAGAAGAAGUGUGAGUGUUACUGGUCUACACCUCAUCAGUCUGAUGCGUUUGGACCGUUCACUGUGCACAACCAGGGGGAGACACGUCCUAAUGAAGAUGUGGUGGUCAGAGAGCUGUCUGUCUCAUACCAGCAGGUCAGCCGUUCAGUGACUCAGUAUCAGUUCCUGUCGUGGCCGGAUCACGACGUUCCGUACGAGGCUGCAGGAGUCCUGGACCUGCUGGAGAGAGUCAGGAACAGUCAGGGAACACACACCUCGCCUCUGCUGAUACACUGCAGCGCAGGCUGUGGGAGGACAGGAGUCAUCUGUGCUCUCGACUACAUCCAUGACCUGCUGGUUACCGAGCGGAUCAACACGACAGACUUCAGCAUCAUGCAGAUCGUCCUGGAGCUUCGGAGACAGAGACCGUCUGCAGUCCAAACCAAAGAGCAGUAUCAGUUCAUCUACACGACGGCCACCUGCAUGCUGGAGCGAGUCCUGCAGUCAGCCGGCGGCCGUCGGCUCUACAGCAACCUGUCGCAGCUGAAAACACCUGAGAAGAAAACGACAAGAACACCUCUGUCCUCCUCCAAGAGAGCGUCACAGCAGGCUGACAUGAGCGACACGUACGCCGUGGUCAACAAGUCCAAACAUCCUCCCCCAUCAGACCCCGCCUACUCUGUUGUAGCCACGCCCAAGUCCAGCAGGUCGCUGCCUUCAACACAUCACUAUGACAACGAUGUUGCAGGAGCAUCAGCAGCGCCCGUCUACAGCACCGUCAGACCUCGAGCCAAACCUCACAACCUGACGCUCUCUGCCAUGCCCAUCUAUGACACUGCAACACCAACCAAUCACAUGCUGGGAGAGGGGCCUCCGUCACUAAGCAACAGUGGAGACUAUCACCUGCUGCCAGCUGAUCAUGUUUCACCUGCUGCUGAUGAUGAUUAUGAAGAUUUCUCCUCUUCAGCCACAGACAUGAGCGGCCUCUGCUCACCUGGAGGGAUCGGGUUCAACUGUCGCGUUCAGAAGCCCAGAGGACCCAGAGAUCCUCCAGCUGAGUGGAGCCGACUGGAGAGAUGAACUGGUUAAACUGGACUUUACUGGUUUACAGUGAGCUUUCAGACUGGGAUGGAUCUGUGCUUUUAUUUUAUCAGGAACUGAUCUGAACUAAAGAGAGAUGAUGUACGGAAGCUGAGAAUCACCAAACUUUACCUCGAGAUCAUGAGUUAAUUAUUUUGUCAUCUCGAGAUAACUGCGCUCAUUUUCUCACCAUAACGGGUUCAUUUAUGUCGAUUCUCAAGAAAACAAGUUCAAGUUCUUCAGUGAUGUGCACGAGUUAGAGCUGCCAGCAGUCGCUGGUGAUGAAAAUAAGAGACUGAGAAAAAAGAUUUUGUUAAUUUAAUGUGCAGCAUCAUCUUAUUUUACUCAGCACAUCAAAUGUGAGAAAUUACUGCUGGAAUAUGUGUAUUUCUUUGUCCCUUUUGGCCGCUCCGAGCACCCAUACUGUAACACCAAGUCUAGCAUGAUUUCAGGAAAACAAAAGUCAUUAUUCUCUAAAAUGAUUGUGUUAUCUGGAGAGAAGGAGCGCAGCAAUCUUGAGAUGACAAAAACAUUAACUUGUGAUGUUGAGAAAACAAAAGUUGUUAUUUUGUGAUAAAUUAUUUCGUUAACUCGAGAAAAUCGUUUGUGAAAAACAUAAAUAAUUCUCAGUUUCCGUAGAGACGUAUGGUCAGGUAUGGUGAGGUUUUGUUGUGUGUGAUUUGUUGUUCUGUCUCUUUGCUGUUAAUCUGAUCGUCACUGAUCGGAUCAGUUUCCUGUAAAUAUCUCGUGUCUUCAUGUUCAACAUCUGUGCUCCAAUCUUUGUGUUAUAAAUGAUUUUAAAACUUU